AGAGUAAGUAAAGUAAGAAACGAAAAGAAAGGAAAAUGUACAACAAAGAUCGCUUCAUCCAAACACUUCCCGCGUGUCCAACGCAUCCCGUUUCUUCCCCUGCUCCGCCAAGCCCAAAGUAGACUUCUUCAUCAGGCGGUCCGUCUGCAUAUCCUGGCGCUGGGCACGCCGAGCCGCCUUCUGCAGCCGGAUCUCGCGACGGACCUGGUUGGGGCUGACAUACUCCUUGUUCUCGUAAAUGACGGGUCCUCCAAAGCUGCCUUCGAGGAUGACGAUCGGCGUCAGGACGAAGCGGGGGCCGAUCUCGACAAGCGAGAUGUCCGGUAG